AUGCAGCCAUGCAGGAUGCCGCCACAUACAGACGCCAAGUUGCGAUCAAUCAUUCAGAAGCUCGUCAACCACCGCUUCUCCUGUUCCACAGCCAUGGAUAAGGCCUACGUGGCCGUCCUCACCUUCGCCUUCCUCUUCGUGCUCCACUACCUCGUGGCCCGUGUUGGCGGCGGCGGCAACGGCGGCAAGGGAAAUGGCAAGGGGAACAAGGCUGCGCGGCGGCUGCCUCCGAGCCCUCCAGCCGUCCCGUUCCUCGGCCACCUCCACCUCGUCAAGACGCCGUUCCACGCGGCGCUGGCACGCCUCGCCGCGCGCCACGGCCCGGUGUUCUCCAUGCGCAUGGGGUCCCGCCGCGCCGUGGUGGUUUCCGCGCCGGAGUGCGCCAGGGAGUGCUUCACGGAGCACGACAUCGCCUUCGCCAACCGCCCGCUGUUCCCCUCGCAGAAGCUCGUGUCCUUCGGCGGCAACUCACUCUCCAUGGCCAGCUACGGGCCCUACUGGCGCAACCUCCGACGCGUCGCCUCCGUGCAGCUCCUCUCCGCGCACCGGGUGAGCUGCAUGUCCCCCGUCAUCUCCGCCGAGGUGCGCGCCAUGGUGCGCAGGAUCAACCGCGCGGCCGCGGCCGCGGCCGGCGGCGCCGCGCGCGUCCAGCUGAAGCGCAGGCUGUUCGAGCUCUCGCUCAGCGUCCUCAUGGAGACCAUCGCGCAGACCAAGACGUCCCGCACCGAGGCGAACGCCGACACGGACAUGUCGCCCGAGGCCCAAGUCUUCAAGCAGAUCGUUGACGACGUCGUGCCGCAUAUUGGCACGGCCAACCUGUGGGACUACCUGCCAGUGCUGCGGUGGUUCGACGUGUUCGGCGUGAGGAACAAGCUCGUGGCCGCGGUGAACCGAAGGAACAUGUUCCUGCGGCGACUCAUCGAUGCAGAACGGCGAAGAGUGAACGGCGGCGGCGAUGAAAGUGAGAAGAAGAGCGUGAUUGCCGUGCUGCUCUCUCUACAGAAGUCCGAGCCGGAGGUCUACUCCGAUACCAUGAUCAUGUCACUGUGCGCGAAUUUGUUUGGCGCUGGGACGGAGACCACGUCGACCACGACAGAAUGGGCCAUGGCGCUCCUGCUGAAUCACCCGGAGAAGCUCAAGAAGGCACAGGCCGAGAUCGACGUGGUCGUGGGCACCUCCCGCCUCAUCACCCCGGACGACGUGCAGCGUCUCGGCUACCUCCAGAGCAUCAUCAACGAGACGCUCAGGCUCUACCCGGCGGCGCCGCUGCUGCUGCCGCACGAGUCGUCCGCGGACUGCAAGGUGGGCGGCUACGACGUGCCCCGCGGCACGAUGCUGCUCGUGAACGUGUACGCCAUCCACAGGGACCCCGAUGUGUGGGAGGACCCGACCGAGUUCAGGCCGGAGCGGUUUGAGGACGGCAAGGCCGAGGGCCGGCUGCUGAUGCCGUUCGGGAUGGGGCGGCGGAAGUGCCCCGGGGAGACGCUCGCGCUGCGGACGGUCGGGCUGGUGCUCGGCACGCUGAUCCAAUGCUUCGACUGGGACAGAAUCGACGGCGCCGAGGUUGACAUGACUGAGAGCGGCGGGCUCACCAUCCCCAUGGCCGUUCCAUUGGAGGCCAUGUGCAGGCCUCGUGCAGUUAUGCAUGAUGUUCUUGAGGAGCUCUGAUGUCUCCUAUAUAGUACUCUUCUUCUAUAUUGAGUAGCAGACUAGCAGUCCGCAUAUCUGACAGUGUGUGUGCGGCACCAAAUAAGCUUAUGAGCAGAUCAACUUCCGUAAUUUAUAUAUUUUUAGAGGGUUUGUCUGAACUACAUACCGGUGGUUGUUUGAAAGUAGAUGGGGUCAUUAGCAAUUUGUAUCUUCCGCAGAUUGUCUUGUAUAAUUAUCAGAGCGGUACAAUGCAAAGUGGUUUUGUAUUAAGUGUUUAAGAUGAUAA